AUGCACGGCGGCUUGAUUGAGACUCUCCUAAGUAUCCUCGCCCAGCAUUGGGUGUUGGCACUUACAACAGUAAUUGUUGCGUGGCUUGUGAGAAACAGAUUUCAUCAUGGCCUGAAUAAAUAUCCUGGACCUUUUCUAGCUUCUAUUACAGAUUGGUGGAGGUUCUUUGAUGUCUAUGGACAGAAAUCUGAAGCUACACUGAGAAAACUCCAUGCCAAGCAUGGUGAUAUUGUUAGAUUGGGACCCAACAAUCUAUCUUUUUCAGAUCCUUCGGUUCUUAAACAGAUUUACGGCCUCAGCAAGGGUUAUGUCAAGUCCGACUUUUACAUUGUUCAACAAUCAGUUGUCCAAGGCCACCGUCUAGCAUCUCUCUUCAGCACAACAGACAACGACUUCCACUCUCAAUUCCGCCGCAGUGUCAACGCUGCCUUUUCCAUGAGUGCCCUCGUUCAAUACGAGCCCUUUGUCGACAACACCACCAAGCUCUUCCUCGACCAGACAGAAAAGCUGUUUGCCAAAAAAUCCGAGGUCUGUGACUUUACACAAUGGUUGCAGUUCUAUGCCUUUGAUGUCAUUGGCGAAAUCACUUAUAGCAAGCGCCACGGCUUCAUUGAGAAGAAUGAGGACGUCGAGGGAAUCGUCGCUUACCUUUCCAAGCUGUUUCUCUAUGUUGCACCUAUCGGACAGAUUCCUUUCCUCGAUCUGUUGUUCCUCAAAAACCCUAUCUACCUCAAGCUCUCCCAGUGGGGUCUGUUUGACUCGACUUUCCCUGUUGCCAAGUUUGCCCGUGCUCGGAUGGCUGAGCGCCUUAUUCCUGAGCUCCACGCCAGCGAUGGCUUGCCUACCAGCAACAUCAAGAAACAGCCCCUUGGUCAGGAUUUGCUCUCCAAGUUCAUCGCUGCUCGUGAGGCUCGUCCUGAUUUCAUGACCGAUACUCUUGUUCAGACCAUGGCUGUCUCAAUGGCCUUCGCUGGCUCAGAAACAACCGCCAUCUCUCUGUCAUCUGUCUUUUACUAUUUGCUUCGAAACCCUGCUUGUUACGAGAAGCUCAAGAAGGAGCUCGACGACGCUGCCAAGGCUGGUGUUUUCUCAGACUACGAAACUGGUCUUGUCACAUUCACUGAAGCUCAGAAGUUUCCUUAUCUUCACGCCUGUGUCCAAGAAGCUUUCCGUGUGCACCCUGCCCCUGGUCUACCUCUAGAACGCAUCGUACCUCCCCAAGGCGCUGAGAUUAACGGCGAGUUUAUUAAGGGCGGUACCGUUGUCGGUGUCUCAGCCUGGUUGAUUCACCACCGUCAAGAGAUCUUUGGUCCCGAUACAGAUGCAUACCGUCCUGAGCGUUGGUUGCCUGAUCCCAAGCUUAACCCUGAAGAUGAGGAGAAGCGAAUCAAGAAGAUGACCGGUAUGAUGUUCCAGUUUGGCAUGGGUAGCCGAACAUGUAUCGGCAAGAACAUCAGUCUGUUGGAGAUUUACAAGGUCGUGCCGAGUCUGCUGAGAAGAUUCGAGAUCGGCUUUGAUGAUCCCACUAAGGAGUGGAAGACUAUUAAUGCCUGGUUUAUCAAGCAGACUGACUUUAACGUGAGAUUCACAAAGAGGGAACUGGUCCAGCCAGAGUUCUCAGAAAAAUAA